AAAUAUCCUACUCCAAAAAACAAUGGCGGUCAACUUUGGCAAAAUCGUCGUUGGAAUAUAUGUGGAGAUAAAACGAAGUGAUGGCCGAAUUCACCAGGCCAUGGUGACCUCUUUAAACAAAGACAAUGAAAGUGUUACGGUGGAGUGGAUAGAAAAUGGAGACACGAAAGGAAAAGAGAUUGAUCUGGAGUGUAUAUUUUCACUGAACCCAAACUUUGCUCCAGAGGAGGAGAUUUCCUUGAGCCCUAUAACACCACCCCCUCCCACACCCAGUUCUGUUAAGGUCAACAAGAUCUCUAAGAAUCGUAGAACAAUUGCCCCUGGAAAGGCUGAGGUGCUGUCCAGAGACAAUAGAGUCGGCUCAACCCGGGUACGGCCAGGCCAGCAGCAGCAACAGCCGGACUUGGCCCCUCCCCCGCCCACUCAGCAGCCGGCCCCGCCCGCGCAGACCCAAACCCAGCAGAGCCAGCAACAGCAGAACGCGAGGAGGAAGUCCAACUGUGUGAAGGAGGUGGAGAAGCUUCAGGAGAAGCGGGAGCGGCGGAGACUGCAGCAGCAGGAGCUGAGGGAGAAGAGAGCACAGGAGGUUGAUACUACAGUCCCCAAUUAUGAAAUAAUACAGAUGAUCAGAGACUUCAGAGCAAGCCUGGAGUACAGGCCACUAACCGCCACUGAUUUGAUUGAAGAGCACCGGAUAUGUGUUUGUGUGAGGAAGCGGCCUGUAAACAAAAAAGAACUUGCCGCAAAGGAGCUGGAUGUGAUCACCAUCCCCAGUAAAGACGUGGUGAUGGUGCACGAGCCCAAGCAGAAGGUGGACCUGACCCGUUUCCUGGAGAACCAGACGUUUCGCUUUGAUUAUGCCUUUGACGAUAGUUCGACCAACGAAAUGGUGUACAGGUUUACAGCGAGACCCCUGGUGGAAACCAUCUUUGAGAGAGGAAUGGCUACAUGCUUUGCUUACGGCCAAACAGGAAGCGGAAAAACACAUACCAUGGGUGGAGAUUUUUCAGGAAAGAACCAGGACUGUUCUAAAGGAAUCUAUGCAUUAGCAGCUCGAGAUGUUUUCCUCAUGCUGAAGAAGCCGAACUAUAAGAAGCUCGAGCUUCAGGUCUACGCAACCUUCUUUGAAAUCUACAGCGGAAAGGUGUUCGACCUGCUGAAUCGGAAGGCCAAGCUGCGUGUGCUGGAGGACGGCAAACAGCAGGUGCAGGUGGUUGGGCUGCAGGAGCGCGAGGUUCGCUGCACCGAAGACGUGCUCAAGCUCAUCGAGGUCGGGAACAGCUGCAGAACAUCGGGCCAGACUUCAGCCAACGCGCACUCAUCUCGGAGUCACGCCGUCUUCCAGAUCAUUCUGCGGAGGAAAGGGAAGAUGCACGGCAAGUUCUCGCUGAUUGACCUUGCGGGCAACGAGCGCGGGGCAGACACGUCCAGUGCUGACCGGCAGACACGUCUGGAGGGAGCGGAGAUCAACAAGAGCCUGCUUGCACUGAAGGAGUGUAUCAGAGCCCUGGGGCGGAACCAAGCACACACACCGUUCAGGGCCAGCAAGCUCACCCAGGUGCUCCGAGACUCUUUCAUCGGGGAGAACUCCAGGACAUGCAUGAUUGCUACGAUCUCUCCCGGAAUGGCUUCCUGUGAGAACACUCUGAAUACGCUACGAUACGCCAACAGAGUAAAGGAGUUUGGGAUUAGUCCCUCAGACAUCCCGUUCUCUCAAGGGGCAGGAAGUCGCUCGGACCUCUCCCCCGCCUACGAAGUGAAGGAGCUGACCGUGGACCCCAACGCCGUGGCGGAGGGCGUCCGGCCCAACGCCAACGCCCUCACCCAGCUGGACAUCAUGGACGAGGAGUGGGAGCUGAGCAGCUCUCCUCAGAGAGUCGACCUCAAGCUGCUGUGUGAACAGAACGAAGAGGAGGUGUCCCCACAGCUCUUCACGUUCCAUGAGGCUGUGUCCCAGCUGGUGGAGAUGGAGGACCAGCUACUGGAAGACCACAGGGCUGUGUUCCAGGAGUCAUUCAGGUGGCUGGAGGAUGAGAAGGUUCUUCUGGAGAUGACGGAAGAGGUGGACUACGACGUAGACUCGUACUCCUCCCAGCUCGAGCAGAUUCUUGACCAAAAGAUUGAGGUUCUGUUUGAGCUCAGAGAUAAAGUGAGGUCAUUCCGCUCCGCCCUCCAGGAGGAGGAGCAAGCCAGUAAGCAGAUCAAUCCCAAGAGACCUCGUGCGCUGUAGGAUGGGACUGGGGUCAUAGGUGCGACUGCUCCACACUUCGUGCUCUAUAACAGUUUUGGCACAACAGACCAAUAAUGGGAAUGAGGGUCUGUGCUAGACAACCUACUACUGUUCAGAAGGGUUCAGAACUUCUGAACUAGGAUUUCCCUUUCUUUGGAUCACCUGUGGAAUACUUGACAUUUGAUCAUUGGUUGCAUUCAUUUACUGGACUGCUUUAGAGUGGCCAGAUUUUCAAGUGAUUCCUGAGACUAACGGCCUUCAGGCACUGAUCUAUAACUCAAUCGUCCAGUGUAUAAUUUUAGUGAACAAUACUGAAGAUCAGCAGGUGUCUUAAGACUGCUUGAAUAAUCAAUUACUUAUAAAUCAAAAUACAUGUCACUACAUUACACAGUAAGACAGUAACUCGUUUUUGUUGGAGGUUAUGAUGAAGUGAAGUUCUAGUGUAGACUUGGGAAAUGUUUUUUUUUUUAAUUUUUUUUUAUUUGUAAUUUCAGUAUAUUUAUUUACUUCUAGUUAAAUGCCUGCUGAAGACAUGGCCUACUCUUCUAGCAUUCUUUCCACUUACUGUUUGAAGCUGUUCUAGAGUGUAUGUUUGCCCUUUCACCUUGCCAGCACGUUGGCCUGUUUUCUCUGGGCUCUGGUGUUAAAACAAGUUUAUUCUGUUAUCUCCCAUUGGAGGAUGUAUCUAAUUUAUAGUGUUUUAGUCCCACUGUUUAUUUUGAACAAGUAUUUGAAGUCAAUGUUCUGAAGGACGUGUCUGCUGCGCUGUGGUGGGAGCGUGUGAACUGGGGGGUGUCUACGAUGUUCUUUAGGAGGUGCUGAUUGACUGGCCUGCUGGUAACUCCAUCCCUUUCCAUAACAGCCCAUUUCUUUUUUUAAAAAUUCUGACAAAGCAUUCCUAUCACUGUUAUCUGCAUUUACCGCUUUCAAAAUUUGGACAAAGAUGGAAAAGUAGGACAAGUGCUAUUACAGUGCACACCACUCACCUACAGGUGAUGUUUCACUCAUAGUACCAAAUUCAAUGCUGGCUAAAUAAAGAAUGAUUUGACAA